GGCUGCGCGCGGCGGGCAGAUCCGGCCUUGCUCAACAGGCUCGAAAGAGGAAGCGCACAAAGGGCUGAAGUAAACACUUAGGAAGACCGUUGCAAAAUAGAUGAGGUUCUCGGGUUUUUUGGAGCCAUCAUCUGGCCCCAGAUCCCUUAGUCACUAAUAUAGCGAGGGACCGAGAAGGCUCAAUUCGCUGGGGAACGCUCCGGAGGGAAGGGGACGCGCGUAGGGGCGGGAUGAGGGAGGAAGGCCCAACUUUUCCCAGAAUUAAAAAAAACAACUUUCGAGGGUGUGGUGUAGAAGCGAGGCACAGACCCGAUUAGUUGGAAAAAGCAGUCCCCGAGUUUCAAGAGUCUGCAUCCACCCGUCCUUCUCCGUGCGUGUCUCGAGCCGAGCGCCCUCGUGGCAUCUCGAUGCAAAGCGGCGCGGCGGGCGCCUCACGUCUGCGCGCUGCGUGGGAAGGGCAGGGCUGACACCACUUCCUCCCCGAGGCGGCGGACCUGAGCCCGGGUGGAGUCCAGUGUGCCGCGUCGCCUGCCCCGCCGCCGCCCCGCCGCCGGCCCGCGCCCCGCCCGCGCGGAGUCCCAGCCGAGCUCCGCCGAGUCCCCACGCAGCCGUCGAGAUGGGUGAGUCAAAUGAAGAUAUAGACCAAAUGUUCAGCAAUUUGCUGGGAGAGAUGGAUCUCCUGACCCAGAGUUUAGGAGUUGACACUCUUCCUCCUCCUGACCCCAAACCACCCAGAGCUGAAUUCAACUACAGUGUGGGUUUUAAGGAUUUAAAUGAGUCCUUAAAUGCGCUGGAAGACCAAGAUUUAGAUGCUCUCAUGGCAGAUCUGGUAGCAGACAUAAGUGAGGCUGAGCAGAGGACAAUCCAGGCACAGAAAGAGCCCUCUCAGAAUCAGAAUCAUCCAACACCCCUGAACAUACCAGAUUUCAGCGGUGCAGCCGCUCUUGGUUACGGAGCAAAUGUUGCUGUAACUAGUGUUAGCCAGUAUGAGGAUGAUUUACCACCUCCGCCGGCUGAUCCCAUGUUAGACCUUCCACUGCCGCCACCACCUCCUGAACCUCUCUCUCAGGAAGAAGAAGCAGCCCUAGCCAAGGCUGAUAAAAUUAAGCUAGCAUUGGAAAAACUGAAGGAAGCCAAGGUCAAGAAGCUUGUUGUCAAGGUGCACAUGAAUGAUAACAGCACUAAAUCGUUGAUGGUGGAUGAGCGGCAAUCAGCCCGGGAUGUUCUAGACAACCUUUUUGACAAAACCCAUUGUGACUGCAGUGUAGACUGGUGUCUUUAUGAAAUAUACCCAGAACUUCAAAUUGAAAGGAUUUUUGAAGACCAUGAAAAUGUUGUUGAAGUCUUAUCAGACUGGACAAGAGACACAGAAAAUAAAGUGCUGUUUUUGGAGAAAGAGGAAAAAUACGCUGUAUUUAAAAACCCCCAGAAUUUUUACUUGGAUAACAAAGGAAAAAAAGAAGGGAAGGAAACAAGUGAGAAAAUGAAUGCUAAGAACAAGGAAUCCUUACUUGAGGAAAGUUUCUGUGGAACAUCUGUCAUUGUGCCAGAACUUGAAGGAGCUCUUUAUCUGAAAGAAGACGGAAAGAAAUCCUGGAAAAGGCGCUAUUUUCUUUUACGGGCUUCUGGAAUUUAUUAUGUACCCAAAGGAAAGACUAAGACAUCUCGAGAUCUGGCAUGCUUUAUACAGUUUGAAAAUGUCAACAUUUACUAUGGGAUUCAGUGUAAAAUGAAAUAUAAAGCACCGACUGACCACUGCUUUGUUUUAAAGCAUCCCCAAAUUCAGAAGGAGUCCCAGUAUAUCAAAUAUCUCUGCUGUGACGAUGCAAGAACCCUAAACCAGUGGGUCAUGGGAAUAAGGAUUGCCAAGUACGGGAAGACUCUCUAUGAUAACUAUCAGCGGGCUCUGGAGAGGGCCGGGCUCGCCUCUCGGACGAACCUGAGUACUGUCGGUGCAGUUCCACCAGCCCCACCUGCUACAGGACCUAAAGCAGGCACCACCCAGGCCAAUGGGCAGAUUCCCCAGGCUGCACAUUCUGUAAAUGCUGUUCUUGAAGAAGCCCAGAAGCAGGCAGAAACUACUAAGGACAAGAAGCCAGCUCUUGGUAACCACGACCCAGGAACACCCAGGGCCCAUCACCUUCCAAAGUCCAGCCUGCCACCGCCCCCUCCCGUGCGAAGGUCUUCAGACAUCUGCGGCAGCCCAGCGACAACCCCCAGGGCCAAGGGCAUGAGCAGCGGCUUCCCUGCGCCGCCGCCCGACGACUCUCUGCCACCACCCCCACCGCCACCGCCCCUGGAGGACGACGAGGGGCUCCCUCCGCCGCCCCCCGAUUUUAACGAAGGGCCCCCGGACUUCGUGCCUCCCCCACCGCCGUCGUUUGCAGGGGAUGCUGGGUUAUCUUUACCGCCCCCGCCCCCGCCCCCACCUGCACUCAACUCUCCGAAGCCGCCUCCCGUUGCCAGCAAAAGACCUCCCGCUCCCCCGAAGAGGAAAGAGAAUCCAGGACCACCUGGUGGAGUAGGGAGCGGAGAGCAAGAUUUCAUGUCCGAUCUCAUGAAAGCUUUGCAAAAGAAAAGAGGCAACAUGUCCUAAGGGAAACAGAUAAAUAUGUUUGUGUGAUGGUUAUAAUCAUUUCUAACCUCAAGUACAUUUUUGCUACUUUAUCUUCAUGACACCGUAUUCAUUUUAGAUAAAAUAUUGACGCAUUCAGACUAGAAAUGGUGUAAAACGUCUCACUGCAGCGCAAAUACGUUCAUAAUCAUUAACCUAUAACGGAAGCAAGAGUAUCUGCCUAAAUGUACAUACCUUUCCUAUGUGUUUCCACCUCCCUGAAUUCGUCUUCCCUUACAAAUUAACUGGAAUGUUUUAUGUUUAUUUUAUUGUGUUCAGAAGCAUCAAAUUAAUAAAAUUUAAAAGUCUUCCUUGA